AGCGUCAUAGUUUUGCCCUUUUUCUAUUGCCAAUGUAGCUAUUGCCCAUUUUUAAAUGAAACUGGGCGGUGAUAAAACGCUGGGGUGGCACCCGUUGCCCGCUGCACGAAUAACUUUUAUCAUAAGAUUGCACGGGAAGUAGAAGCAACCCAAACAGAAAACAAGAUGGCAUCACACCCGGGAGCAGGGGAUCCAGGUAGGGAUUCCACAGAUCCGAUACUGGAAGUGGGAACUAUUUUGCUAAAGGACUUCAUCUAUGAGCGUGUUCGGAGACAUGGAGACAGCAAUACUGUAGUGACGAGGGAGCAGCUGGGUGGAACCCAGCUGACUGACCAAAACCAUAAGAGGCUUGCACAGUGCCUGCAGCAGAUUGGAGAUGAGCUGGAUGGAAAUGUAGAGCUCCAAAGGAUGAUAGAUGACUCUUCACUUAGUCCCACAAAAGACAUUUUUCUGAAAGUGGCCAUUGAGAUCUUCUCAGAUGGAAAAUUUAACUGGGGCAGGGUGGUUGCACUGUUCUACUUUGCAUGUCGACUCGUCAUCAAAGCUCUUGUAACCCAAAUUCCUGAUAUUAUCAGAACCAUUAUCGUUUGGACCAUGGACUACCUUCGGGAACAUGUGAUCAACUGGAUCAGGGAGCAAGGUGGCUGGGAGGGUAUUCGCUCCUACUUUGGCACACCCACAUGGCAGACGGUUGGGGUUUUCUUGGCGGGAGUCCUCACCACUGUUCUUGUCAUUCGCAAGAUGUGAGGGAAGCAUGAAGAGCAGACGAGAGAAAGAUGGGAAGAAUUGCAACUGAGGGAAAUGGGCAUAGGAGCAAGAAGGAACACAGAAGGAAACACUUAACAGGAAGAACUUGUCUCCAAUGAAAUGUUCUUCAUUUCUGCCUGUCAUUCAUGUGUAAGAACUGGGAGUUGGACUGAUAGCGCUGUUGCACUCGAGAUGCCUAUGCCACUGAGGAGGCGAGCUGUGCAUGAUUCCAUGCACAAAAUUGGAGGAUGGAGAGGUUGUCAAGACUUGAACAAGGAAUGCAUUUUAAGUAAUUUAUUUUAUUUUUUUUCUUGGUACACAAGUCACUGCAUUCUCUUUUCUACCUUUAAACAAUAAUAUUGACAAAUUAAGAGGUUCCUUUCUGGGGUGGGGGGGUUUCUUUAGUUGUAGUUUUUGUUUGUUUUUGUUUUCCACUGAAUUUGCCUUUCUGCUCUUACCACUCUCUCCAUCCAAUUCACCUCAUUGUCUGUAUGCUUGCCAAUCCACAUUCUUAUAUAAUUGUGGGUGUUCACUGGUGUUAUCUGCUGGCACUGAACCUACAAGAGGAUCAUCAUAUGCCGUCAAGUUGAAGAGAUAUUUUUGCGAAAAUAUUUAGAGAACGGUAUAUAUUAAGAAAACUUAAACCUCUGGUUAAAGUUGGGUUCCAACAACCCCAGUUCAUUUCUCCUCUCUCUUCCAGUGAAUGCACAACUGAACCUUAUUUCUAGAGACAGCUAAAGAGCCACACCUGAUUCUUCUGUAUAGUUAUGUUUACGUUUAACAUGAAUCAUCACACAAUUUAGAGAAGAAAAAAAAGUCAUGAUAUCUGUGAAAUAACAAUAGACUUAAUUCCUGUCUUGUGUAAUACACAAUCAUAUGGUGUUUCGAGGCAUUUUGACCAGCAUUGUGACCUUAACGUGACAGUAAGAUAAAUUCUGCCUGUUUUUUUUUUUUUUUUGGUGUUCCUUUGGUCUACGAAAGGUUUUACGCUGCAGACACAAAGCAAUGGAUUGCUCACAGAUUCUUACCUCACUUUACACAUAUUCAAAGUACUGUAUUUUGUACGUGAGUUAUUCAAAACUGCGACUUUGUCUAAACAGCAAAAGGCUUUUUAUACAUUUUUCUCGUUUGUCAGUGCCUUGGUGUUUUUUUUUUUUUUAAACUAUAAAAUCAUUUUGAUAUUCUCAAGUUUUCACAUUUUCUAUCAUAUUUGUAAGGGUGAAUUUCUUUCAAGUCUCCCUGAAAAUCUUUUUUGCAGUGACUUUGCUGUAAUAUGUAAAAAUAAAUCUUUUAACUCUUACCUGUAGCUGUGCAUUUAUCAUAUAUGGAAUGCCAAUUGUAUUGAAGAGGGUUACAACAGUACGAUCACAUAAAAUAAGACUCAUUAA